AUGCACAGAGGUUUGAUUCACGGUGUUGCUACAGAGUUACCAAUGGCAGAGCAUCGUGCCUGUGCACGACACAUCUAUGGGAACUUGAAGAGAGAUCACAAGUCAGACAUGUUGAAGCCUUUGUUUUGGCGAAUUGCAAGCAGUUACAACAAGGCGGAUUAUAAAGAAAAUUUGAGCAUAUUCAAGGAAUUCGAUCCCCAGGCUUGUAAGACUCUACUACGAAAGGAUCCAAGUUCAUGGUGUAGGGCGUUUUUCAGGGUUGGUUGUUGUUGUGCUGAUACACACAAUAAUCACACUGAGUCAUACAAUAGAACCUUGAAGAUUGCAAGGAGGAAGCCAUUUGUCCAAAUGUUAGAACUUGUAAGAAGGGAUGCAAUGCAAAGGGUUGCCAAUAGGUCUAUUAUUGCUGAAAAAGAAGCUGCAAAAUUCACAAAAAAGGCAAGGAAAGAGCUGGAAAAAUCUUGUGAAGAAGCGCAAUAUUGUGCAAUGAUUUCUAGCACCGGUGGAGAAUAUGAGAUUGUUGAAUUCGGGAUUGGAUACAGCGUGAGCUUGAACAAGCGUGAAUGUGCAUGCAGAAAAUGGGAUUUGACGGGUAUACCUUGUCGUCAUGCUGUGUGUGCAAUCAGAGAACUCAAUCUGGAAGUGGAAGACUAUAUAUCAGAUUAUUACUUGAGUGAGAAAUGGAAGGGAAUAUAUAGAAGAGGCUUGAGGCCUUCUCCGGAGAGCAGGGCAAAGAGAAGGAAGCUUAUGGCGACUCCUCAAUUGGAAGCUCAAGAUCAAGAGGAAAUGGGAGCAGCAUUGGCAGCAAUGGAGCAUGAAGUUCAACCGGAAAUGGGAGGAGCUUUGGUUGCCAUGGAGCAUCAAGAUCAAGAUGAUGCUGAAGUGCAAGAUGUUUCAUCGACAGCACCAUAA